UUCGGCUUUGACAGAUAGCGACAAGGAAGUAAAUCUAACACAUCUUUUGUAACAGUUUUGUGCAUUUUCUUGAACGCUGUACACCAUGGCAGAAGAUACAGAAUUGGAGAAACGGGCAGUGGAGGAGUUACUGAAUGAGGCCAACAGAGCUCGGGUACGAGCGGAGACCAUGGGCCCGGCAGGCUGGAUGAAGUGUCCUCUACGAAGCACCAACAAGCGCUUCCUUCUCAACACCCUCCGCAAUUCCUGUUCGCAACAGCGUCGCCACUCCAGCUCGCCGUCGCGUGAGGGUCAAAGGUCAAAGAGCACGGCCCCCAGGAGAACCCCGCCUGCGGAUCCCAGAGCCGACGGCGACCGUGUGGACCGGAGGAACAGCAGUUACCAACUCAAAGACAGAGAAGACAAACAGAAAGACUGCCGCUAUCACCAUACAGAGGCUCUUCCUGAAACACACACUAAAGAACCUCCAUCUGAGGGAACUUCAUCCCAGAGAAGUCGUCACGUGUCCAGGGAUUGCAGUGACUCUCACGGUGGUGUCUACUCCGCCCACUCUAACCGAUCCUCCCGGUCAGGCCACGCCUCUAAGGGCAGGCGGUCCCGGUCGCCAGUCAGGGACUCGCCUCGUGGGAGGGGCCAUCGCUUCUGACAUCACUUUUCACUCUGCCAGGUUUCUCCAGAAGGGCAUAUUCCGUCUCACACAUGGACAAGUUUGACUGACUUGGGGCAGAAUGCAGGCAUACAGACCAAUUCACUGGCAGAGAGAUCAAAUACAGGAAGAAAAGAUUAAUUGAGACAGGAGAAUGAGAAGGAGGUAUAGGGGGAACAUUCACCUUCUAUGUCUCAGGAAAGCACCUAAACAUUUAAUGGAUAAAUACUGUUCCACUUUCUUUUUUUUUUUUUUUUUUUACAAAUGUUCUCUUAUUAGAUAUAUUUAAAUACAGUUGGACUGGUGGUUUUAAGAUAUCUUUAAAUGAUUUGUUGCGUAAAGCCAAGUCAACAGUAAACAGGAAGCAAACAGUUUAAGGGUCCGGUGUUUUAAUGUGUAUUUCAUAUUACAUGUUAAAAUAAUUGUAUCAUAUUAGGACACAGUGCAUAGUGAGUUCCUUAGUUUUCUCAUAUAUUUUUUAAGAAACAUUUUUUAUGUUUUUUGAUAAAUUGUUACAAGACCCUAAAAAGGUUAAUAGCACUUAUUUAGGAGCCUACUUUUUCUCAUUUUGUUGUUGUGCAGUAAUGUUUUAGGGAUUUGUAGUAAUUUUACACAAUUACACAGUUGCUUGAAAAUGGUUUCAGGAAUUUUUUCUUAACCUAAAACGAGUUUGAUUUAAAUUAUAAAGUCGUUAGCAUUCUUUUGUCAUUACUAGCCGUUAGUAAUGUUUACAUAAGCUAUGGCUGUCGCCAGUAGGUAAGCAGUUUUAUCAUGUCUCCCUCUUUUUGACAUCUAUAUGCACUUUAUCAGAAACGGCUUUGUUUUUGAAUAAGGAGAAUAAUGUGCCGUAUCAUUGGCACUCCUUAGUACCUUUUUAUUGCGGUGAUGAAAAAACUUUGGACGAUUUCAUAAAAAUAACAUGUUCACGUCAAAUACUGUUAGGCCGACUUGUCAAUACUUAAAUCUGGGGCCUUUUGCUUGCAUAUAAAAUAAUCCUGUAAUUGUUUGUGUUCGUGUUGGCAUUGCCUUAUUCAAUAAAUGUGUUUAGAAUUGUGGA